AUGUCUAUUGUUGACCGUGAAGUGUUGCCAACGAACGUGACUCCGUUGCACUAUGAUUUGCAAGUGGAGCCCAACUUUGAGACGUUCAAAUUUGAUGGGGCCGUUUCCGUUACCUUAAAAGUCAAUGAUGACACCGUUGACACCGUGUCCCUGAACUCAAUUGAUAUCGACUUCCACACUGCUAAGAUUGGAGACGUUGAAAACGCUGAGAUCAAGCUGGACAAUGAGUCGCAGAUUGCUGCAAUUGUGUUCCCCAAGGGGACACUUGCAGGGAAGGAUGAAGUGACGUUGGACAUUAAAUUCACAGGUGUGCUGAACGACAACAUGGCAGGGUUUUACCGUGCCAAAUAUGAGGAUAAGAAGACUGGUAAAACGAAGUACAUGGCUACGACUCAAAUGGAGCCCACAGAUGCCAGAAGAGCGUUCCCCUGUUUUGAUGAACCCAAUUUGAAGGCCACAUAUGCGAUCACUCUAGUAUCCAAGCCAGAAUUCACGCACUUGUCGAAUAUGGAUGUUAAGGAGGAGUCUGUUUCCAACGGUAAAAAAGUUACCACGUUCAACACAACACCAAAGAUGUCCACUUACCUGGUUGCCUUCAUCGUGGCCGAGCUAAAGUACGUUGAGUGCAACGACUUUAGAAUCCCAGUGAGGGUUUAUGCGACUCCAGGUGACGAGCAUUUGGGUCAGUUCUCCGCUGAUUUGACCGCCAAGACUUUGAAUUUCUUCGAGAAGAGCUUCGGUAUUAAGUAUCCUUUGCCAAAGAUGGAUAACGUGGCGGUACACGAGUUUUCUGCUGGUGCCAUGGAAAACUGGGGGUUGGUCACUUACCGUGUCGUUGAUGUCCUCCUAGACAAGGAGAAUUCCACCUUGGACCGUAUUCAAAGAGUUGCCGAAGUUGUUCAACACGAACUGGCACAUCAAUGGUUUGGUAACCUGGUCACCAUGGACUGGUGGGAAGGGUUAUGGCUGAACGAAGGGUUUGCCACUUGGAUGUCCUGGUACUCUUGCAACGAGUUUGAACCCGAAUGGAAAGUGUGGGAACAGUACGUCACUGACAACCUACAACACGCCUUGUCGCUAGACUCUUUGAGAUCAUCGCACCCAAUUGAAGUCCCAGUUAAGAGAGCAGACGAGAUUAACCAAAUCUUUGACGCAAUCUCCUACUCCAAGGGCUCAUCUCUGCUGAGAAUGAUCUCUAAGUGGUUGGGCGAGGAUAUUUUCAUCAAGGGCGUCUCCCAGUAUUUGAAGAAGUUUAAGUUUCAAAAUGCAAAGACUGAAGACUUAUGGGACGCCUUGACUGAAGCAUCUGGGAAGGAUGUUCGUGGGGUCAUGGAUGUUUGGACCAAGAAGAUUGGUUUUCCAGUUGUUAACGUGGAAGAAAAUGGGAACAAGAUUACAUUUACCCAAAACCGUUAUUUGUCUACAGGUGACGUCAAACCCGAAGAAGAUAAGACCCUUUACCCAGUUUUCCUAGCUUUAAAAACCAAGGAUGGAGUUGACACAUCCUUGACAUUGAACAAACGUUCUGAGACAAUUGAGUUGAAGGAUGCGGACUUCUUCAAGGUGAACGGUGACCAAUCUGGUAUUUACAUAACCUCUUACUCGGACGAGAGAUGGAAGAAAUUGGGCCAACAGUCCAGUUUACUGUCUGUCGAAGACAGAACAGGAUUGGUUGCUGAUGCCAAGUCUUUGUCCCAUUCCGGCUACACUUCCACCAAAAAUUUUUUGGAACUAAUCGCUAACUGGAAAGAUGAGAAGUCUUUUGUUGUUUGGGAACAAAUUUUGAACAGUAUCUCUGGGUUGAAGACCACUUGGCUGUUCGAAGACCAAAAAGUGACAGAGGCGUUGGACGCAUUCAUUAGAGAUUUGGUUAUCAAGAAGACGAACGAAUUGGGUUGGGACUUCUCAAGUAAGAAUGACUCUUUCGCAACCCAACGUUUGAAGGUCUCUUUGUUUGGCGCUGCAUGUGCUGCAAGAGAACCAAAAGUUGAAUCUGUGGCUUUCGAAAUGUUUGAGAAGUACGUGGCGGGUGACAAGAAGGCCAUCCCUGCCCUAAUCAAACCAAUUGUUUUCAACACAGUGGCUAGAGCUGGCGGGAAGGAGAAUUACGAAAAGGUCUACAAUAUUCUCCAAAAUCCAACCUCCGCCGACGAAAAGUUGGCAGCGUUGAGAACCUUGGGUAGAUUUAAGGAAUCUGACCUGUUGGAGAGAACUCUGGGCUACUUGUUCGACGGAACAGUUCUGAGCCAGGAUAUUUACAUCCCAAUGCAAGGUAUGAGAGGCUCUAAAGAAGGUGUUGAAGCACUUUGGAAAUGGACACAAAAAAAUUGGGACGAACUGGUAAAGAGACUACCACCGGGUUUGUCUAUGUUGGGUUCAGUAGUGAUCAUUUCCACCUCUGGGUUCACCUCUCUUGAAGCUAAGAAGCAGAUCGAAGAAUUCUUCAAGGACAAAUCCACCAAGGGUUUCGACCAAUCUCUGGCACAAUCCUUGGACACUAUUACUUCGAAGGCUCAAUGGGUUGGUAGAGACAGUGAUGUUGUUCUGAACUACUUGAAGGAGCACGGUUAUUACACCAAGUGA